ACGACAGUUGAUCCUGAGGCACUUAACUAUCUUGUGUAUUGUUACUCUUCGGUGCAGGCACCUACGGCCUGCCGACGUGGCGGGGCGGAAGAGGAGCUGCUGGCUGACACCGAACGGAUCACCAUGUCCCAGGCUGCCCCCUCUGACGCGGACUCCUCUGCUGACAUCACUCCUCCACUCACCCAACACCCUGGCACUGACCCUGGCUCCUGUCAGGAUGUCCCAGCAGCCCUUGCGCCUCCCUCUGCUCCUCCACAGCCUCCUUUAAUCCCAGAGAGUCUGGUCCUCCCGCAGUCCACCGAGGAGGCGACCACAGAGGACAACGCCACCGCCAAGACUUCAGAGGGUCAAACCGACCAACUGGAUCCUCCCACUGAGGGUCAGCUGAUUGAAUGUGACCAACCAGUGAGCCUGGAAGCAGACGCAGAGGCUGCGGAGGAGGAUGCGGAGAAGUCACUUCAGGACAACGAAAAAGGUUGGGGAGGUUGGAGUUCUUGGGGAAAGUCUCUUCUGAGCAGUGCCACCUCCACAGUGGGUCACAGCCUGACCUCAGUUAAGGCAAAGGCAGGAGAGGCUCUGCGUCUCCACAGGACCUCAGUGGGAGAGGAGGCACGAGAAGAGGAGGAGGAGGGAGCAGAGGAGAGGGGAGAUGAAGCCGGCCAAAGUGGAGACGCUGACCUGUCCGGCUGUGGGGAGUCGUCUGCGAGUGCUGCGGCUUCAGGCAGGGGCGUCUUCUCUACGAUCACGCACGCUGUGCAGAAUACAGGUAAGUCGGUGAUCACUGGUGGUUUGGAUGCCCUGGAGUUCAUUGGAAAGAAGACCAUGACCGUUCUUGCUGAGAGUGACCCUGGAUUCAAAAAAACUAAAACCCUGAUGCAGAAGACAGCAUCACUGAGUCAGAUGUUGAAGGAAGCCAAAGAGAAAGAGCGGGCACGCCUGGGAAACCAGCCAAUCAGUGCUCCCACAGCUCACUAUGGGAUUCUGUUUGAUGACUACCAGGGCUUGUCACACCUCGAGGCCCUGGAGAUCCUGUCCAAUGAGAGUGAGGUCAAGGUCCAAGCCUUCCUCUCCUCCCUGGUGGAAGAGGAGCAGGAGAAGGUGAAGAAGGAGCUGAUUUUCAUCAAGGACAUCUUCAUCAAGCGAGAAGGAGAGGAUGGAGGAGAGGAUGAGGAAAAAGAGGAAGAGGGAGAAGGACAGACAAGGGAUAACGGUGAUCUAAGUUCCCAAUUACACUGUUCUACCCCCCUGUCUGCUGACGGGGAGGAGUUUAUGAGCGUUCUCACUGAGCUGCUGUUUGAGCUCCAUGUUGCUGCCACACCGGACAAACUCAACAAGGCUCGCAUGAAGGCCCAUGAUUGGGUGAGUGAUGUGGAACAGCCUGCCACCACGGAGACGGUUGGCAGGGAAACGCAUGACCAGGCCAGAGGAGAGGCCUCACCUGGAGAGAAUGAGAAGGAGGAGAGGAAGGAAGGCGGUGAGCGGGAUGGGGAGAAGAAGAGCGAGGGGGAGGAGCAGAAGGAGGGGGAGGAAAUGGAAGAGAAAGAUCCCAGAUCUGUACAGGCUGUCUAUCUGUCAUCAGUCGGCAGUCUGGCUGAGGUGACAGCUCGCAGUAUUGAGCAGCUCCACAAGGUGGCAGAGCUCAUCCUCCACGGCCAGGAGCUGGAGAAACCAGCCAGGGACCAGGCACACAUUCUCACCAGGUUGACAUGUGCCAUGUGUAAGGAGGUGGAGUGUUUGGCCAAGAAGUUCUCCGAUACACUGCUUCUUGUUGGGGGCCAGAAGAAGGCAGAGGAGUUGAAUCCACUGGUAGAAAGUGUGCUGCUAGAGGGCUCCAACAGUACCAACUACAUCCAGAAUGCUUUUCAGCUGUUGCUGCCUGUUCUGCAGAUCUCCCACAUCCAGAGCCAGCACUGUCGGCCCAACACAGAACCAGCAGUGCAGACACAGCAUUAACACACACACACACACACACACACACACACACACACACCUCCUGCUCCCGCUUGUCUUGUAUCUAUUGUUGUACAGUAUAGAGAAUAGAUUAUUCCAGAUUAAGUGCUUAAAUGAAGUGCCGUGGCUGCAGGCCAAAGAUGUUUUGAAUAUGCGUGAUAUAAUCUUUAAGGUUUAACAGUUUUACAGUUUAAGUAUAUACAUGUAGAAAUGACCCACAUGCAGUAUGUGUGUGUGUGUGUCUCUGAAUGUCAUUUUGACUCUGUUUAGUUCAGUUGAUAUUUUGUUUUGAGGAACCAAAAGGUGUUAUAAGCUGAUCUGAGCUCAGCUGCGUCCUAUAGUCUCUCUGACAAAUGAAGACGUUUCUCUAUCGUCUCCAAAAGCUGAACCAGAAAAAAACCCCACAAAAUUACUGAUUGUGUCGAAGGGACAUUUAUGUAUAUUGAGCAUUCUUUGCACUCCUUAUGGUCCAUUGUUAUUUCAACAGAAAAAGCGUUGACUAACACUAAAGAAGUGUGUUUCACUGACAUGUUGUAAUCUGGUUUGAGACAAAAUGCCAGUAUUACUGAUUACACUUUAUGCUUAUUUAGUUUUUUUUAAUUAAAUUAUAUGAAGCAACACUACCUUAUAUUUCACUCCUACCCAGUUUGAUAUGAAAGAAAAAUUUCAGUCAGAAAAUAUUUAGUUCUCCUUCUGUGAUGUCGAUGAAUUAAUCUCUAUCUUUUGACUUGCUGCUACACUUAAAGUAUAGUUCGACAGUUUGUUAAAUAACUUUUAUGCCAACAGUUUGAUGAGAAAAUUGAUACCACCAUCUGUAUAAUAGAUAUGAAGCCACAGCCAGCAGCUCAUUAGCUUAGCUUAGCACAGAUACUAGAAUCAGAGGGAAACAGCUAGCCUGGCUCUCUCCAAACAUAACAGUAACAGUUGGUUGUGUUGGUCUUUAUGCUAAGCUAUCUGCUAGCUGGCUGCUACAGAUUCUCCAUACAGACAUGAGAUAGUAUCAUUGUUCUCAUCCAGCUCUCAACAAGAAAGAACAGGAGACUAUUUCCCAAAAUGUUAAACUAUUUCUUGAAUGACAAAAUGACUUAUCACGUCCUCUGUCAGACUCUUACCUCUCUUUCCACGAGGUGAACAAGUUAUUAGCUGAAUCAUGAAGAUGUUUUUUUUUCUUUUAAUGCUGUUUUGCCAGGAUCUAAAUUUAUACCCUUUGUGUUCCCCAGGGGUAUAUAUCUCAAAUGUUUUCCAUCUUCCCCUUUGCUUCAACCACCUGUUGAGUUUCAGCAGCAGUCCCAAGAUUCUCAAAGUGAAUGUGUAUUUUAAUAUCCAUUGUUAAAUGGGCUCUUCCAGCACAUAAUUACUCAGAUCUCUGGUCAAGAUAAAGUACUCUCUUCUUUCUUUAAGAGAUGCUUUGACACAGACAAUUAAGUUCAGCUAUAGCCAGAUGAGGUAAGGUCAUCUUUCAGCUGUGCUUCUACCUUAGAAAACAAAACAAAAAAAUGUAAUCUGAUAUGAAAAAUGUUUGAGGAGCCAAGUCAUUUAUUUAGAUUUGAACAGUUAACAUAUUAAGACCCCCAUCUAAUAAAGUGCCCUAAGAUUGUUUGAGGAUGAAAAUAAACAUGUUUUAACCACC